CCUGUGGGUACUGAUCUGGCCACAGCUGCUUGCAGACCAGACGGCAAGGUCAAGAGGACCAGCAUCGUACGAUGUGGAAGAGAACUGACCAUCAACCCAAGAUCAAAGCAGGGAAUGGACCGCAGGCGGGCCAGUUAAAGACACUGGGCUCAGCUCAGGAACCUGCCAUGCCACAGCCUCUAGAGUUAGCAGAACUCCAGAGCUUCUCAGUAUUCGAGGACAUUAGCCAUCACAUCAGAGAAACGGGAGCUCAACUUGUAAAGAAAGUCAAUGCCAUCUUCCAGCUGGACAUCACCAAAGAUGGGAAGACCAUCCUGCAGUGGACCAUUGACCUGAAGAAUGGUUCUGGGGACAUGUAUUUGGGAUCUGCCAGGCUCCCAGCAGACACAGUCUUCACAAUCCCAGAGCCUGUCUUUAUGGAGCUGGUUUUGGGUAAAGUGAACCCACAGAAGGCUUUUCUUGCUGGCAAGUUCAAAGUGAGCGGCAAAGUUCUGCUCGGCCAGAAGCUGGAGAGGGUUUUCAAAGACUGGGCUAAACUUUAAGCAUGCAAAAUUACCAAGGAAAUGUUAGAACUAACCUCUGAUUAUAAUAUGGAGUGGAAAUCAUGCUUAAACUGAAGAUUAAAAUGAGAAGUAGUCAAUAUUUUUACUCAAAUUCUUCCUAUUCAAGUUUGAUUAAUUUUACUGC